CAAGUUUUGGAGCUACCGUCCUUGCAGCCCCAAGAAUCCCGAUAAAUGGCCACACGUCAGGCUAAGUGCCCUGAGUCAGGAUUACCCAUUACCUCAGUGGUCCCUUUUCGAUUGCUGACCUUCUGAACAUCAGCAGGGACUUACUCAUAUAUUAGUGAGAAGCUGCUACACAUUGAGCAAGUACUGUAGAGUUAUGUAGUCGGCAUGCUCACUAAAGUUUAAAUAAAUUAAUAUGCUUAGACAAAUGUGCAAAGCCACAAUCAAAAUUCUCCAAUUAUUCACUAAUAUCUUAAUCGUGUUUAUAAAAAAUAAAGGUGAAUAUUGAAGCUAAUUAAAUCUCCUUAAAAAUGCCAAGGUGAAGUAUAUAAAAUCCAAAUGUCUCUGAUGAGGUUGCAAUUAUUUGCAAAUUUUUCAAUUCCCACUGAGCGAUUAGAUAGUUUUAUCAUUUUUAUUUAUCUAACUAAUUACAUCCUGCUUCUCCCCGUGAGAAGAACACAAGUAGACAAACAACUGUUCUAUAUUCACUUGAUCCAAUUAUGUGUAUAUAAUUUUGGACAUGUGUUGCCUUUAGCAGAGUUUGAUUUCUUUGAAUCUCAAAUUUUGGGGUCAAUUAGUCCAGUCAUUUAUAACUGUCUGGGUCCUGGACUCCUUUUGAGUCCACGUACUCUGAUGAAAGCAAUUUUUCCCACAGUUUCUGGGAGCACCUGGACUCCCAAAGUCCCCCAGGUCCCCAGCUGAGUCCAGAAAAAUGAGGAAACAAGCCCAGAGGCUAAAGUGACUCAAGCUGCCAGUCAGUUCCACUCUCAGGAUUGGAACUCCCAUCUCCCGACCCUCUGGCCAUUCUGGGAGAGACAAGCCUAGGGCCUCCUUGCCUGGGUUCAAAGCCUGAUUCUUCUGCCUGUUGGCUGGCGAUGUGUGUGAGUUAUAUCACCCCUCAGUGCAGUGGUUUCUGUGUCUGAAGACGUCCUCAUUUGCCUGCCCGCUUGUUGUGUUUGCUGUAAUUAUUUACAAGCGAGAAAAGAGGCGCUCGGGGGAUAGGUAGUUGCCCUAGGUCACCAAGCUGCUAAGCGAUGUGUCUCCAAAGCCUGUAGUCUUGGCACAUACCACGCUGCAUCCCCCAUUUCUCCCGGCCCUGACCGGGACCGGAGUAGGAUGCAGGAAGUCCAGGAGCCACUCUCAAGGAACAGCCUUCAAGUUCAACAGGGCACGCCAGCUCUCUCCCCGGCAGAGCAAGGACCAGCAAGAGGACCAGGAAGGAGAGGGAGAACCGAAACUCCUCGAAACAGAAAGACUCCGCAGACCAGAACAUGGAGGGAAACUUCCAGGCGUGCAGGAACUGCAAAAGAAGCGGGGCCCCUGGCCACUUGGCCCUCCCUGGGGCCCACUCUCUGCUCUUCAAGGUCCUCUGUCCGGAGUGCAAGAAACCGGUCCUACAGGAUACGAUGGAAGAGCACGGCGGGGGCGGGCACCAGCAGGCGAAUGGGUCCAGCCAAGGCAAGGGAGUCCCUGUUUCAGGAAAGGUGGGGUGCACAGCGUGUCAGCAGAGCCUGCCGAAGCACUUGCUGGAGAUUCACGAGGCCAAGGAAUGCCAGGAGCGCCCCGUUGAGUGCCAGUUCUGUGAGCUGGCCGUGCACCUCAACAAGGUGGACAUCCACGAGCACCCCUGCGGCAGGCGGACGGAGGUCUGCCCAGACUGCGGCCAGCGCAUCGUGCUCCACAUGCUGGCCCGGCACAGAGACGAGUGCUGCGGUGAGCAGACCCGGCUCCAGAAAGGGAAGAGAAUUCCAGCUCCUGAAAGCAACAUCUGCUGUCAUUAUUGCAACCAAAUGAUCCCAGGAAAUAAGUAUUUCCACCAUGUGGACAGAUGCUGUCCAAUCUCAGACUCUGUGACAUAUUCUCCAGUUGGGAAACCAGAUAUUCCUCCUUCAUCCCUUUCAAGUCAGGCUGCUGAAGAUCAAACUUCCACAGCAGAGAAAGACGUCCGUCCAAAGACGAAAAAUACAAGCAGAUUUCGCCUUCUUUCUGAAAAGUCAACGCGGCAAGCACCAAGAGGCACAAACAAAACCACGGAUCUGCCUUUGAAGUCUGAUGGCAAGCUCAGGGCCUCCUCUCCUGUAGAAGACGAGACAGCCUAUGACAUUCUGAGGAGGUGUUCUCAGUGUGGCAUCGUACUUCCCCUGCCAACCCUAACCCAACAUCAGGAGAAAUGCUGGUGGAUAGCUUCAUUAAAAGGAAAACAAGCGAGAAGUUCCAGCUAGCUUUGGAAAAGAAAAGAAGAAAAGGUUUGGAUUCUGUUUUCCUCCUUUUGAGCCGAGAUGUUGGUUUCCCCAAGAGCUCCAGAUAAACCAGAAGAAAAAAGGGCUCUGACUCUUCUGCCUGAGAAUUCUGAUCAAGCGUCUAGGCUCCACACAGCCUGGACACCUUAGGGAACCCAGCUUUGUCCCCGAAGAAUAAAAAAGCCCUCCCUGAAAA